CAUCCCUCCUCUUUUUUAUUUAGCAUCUCGUCUUCUCCCCGCGCCGUCAAACGAUACGGCGGAGAGAAAAAAAAUGGUGGGGUGUGCGUUCCACAACAAGAACAAUCUGGUGAAAAAGGAGAAGAGAAGCAGGGAGUGGAGGAAGCCUUCAUGGAUGGAGCCGCUGCUGAGCACGAAGUUCUUCGGGCUGUGCGACGCUCACAAGGAGCUGAGGAAGAGCGAGGAGAAUACUUACUGCAUCGACUGCAACCAGUGCAUGUGCCCUCACUGCCUCGUCCGCUCCACCGCCCACCGCGGCCACCGCCUGCUCCAGAUCCGCCGCUACGUCUACCAGGACGUGAUCCGCAUCGCUGACAUGCAGAAGCUCAUGGACUGCUCCAAAGUCCAGCCGUAUACUGUGAAUAGCGCCAAGGUGCUGCUGCUGAACCCCAGGAAGAACUGCAAGCCAACCAGGAUGCACCCCGGCGGCGCCACCUGCCGGAGAUGCGGCUGGACCCUCACCGCGCCCAACCGCUACUGCUCCCUCGCCUGCAAGAUAUCUGAAGUGGUGGAUGAUGCCAAUUCAUCGCCUGGAGCUGAUGGCAGAAGCACCACCGGAGGCAACCAAAUUGUGUCACUCUUCGAGCAUCUGACGGCAGGCGUCGAGUCCUAUGACAUGUCCUCUGAUUCCAGCGAGGAGAGCCAUGGCCGUUGCAUGGAUGCAUUAGCUCCCAAGGCCACCAUUCACCGGAGGAAAGGAAUCCCCCGCAGGGCUCCCAUGCACUGAACUCAGAUCCUAGCUGAUACCUUCCUUUUUCUAAAAAACAGUCAAUAAUGGAUCUCUAUUGGAGUUAAAAAUAAAAGGGGAGGAGUGAUCUGUUAAAUGUAGUGUUCAUUUAAUUAUAUGACAGCGAAUGGACUGUGCUCGCAUUUUGUGCUUUCCAUCUGGUCUUCUGGUGGGCCCGGCCGUGUGCAUGUAAUUUGGUCGCGCAGCAUAAGCGUGGUGGGGCCAUGUUCUUCAAAUUUUAUCACUUGACAUUUUCUUUAUUGCUGUCA